UCAUAAGUCCCUGUUCGAACAAUGUAUGAUGCAGUGUCACGGCAUCAUUUCGAGAUGGACGACGGUCGGGUGCCGGAGUUAGAGAAAAUUAAUAAAAAUGAUACGGAAAAAGAAAAUGAAAAUAAAGACGAUUAUAAUAGUGACAAUAGUCCAUCGCCAUUUCGAAGACAGGCUUUUAUGUCGUUUGGCGUUUUCAUGAUGACGCUGGGCGCAGGCGCGACCUCGGGCAUAGCCGCUAUUCUCAUACCUCAAUUGAAACAUGGCAAGGGGAAACAUAAAUUUUCCGUGGAACUGGUAUCAUGGCUGCGAUAUCUUGUUUGGCUUUAUUCUUCGGUAACUUGAUAUCCGGAUAUUUAAUGGAAAGAUUUGGAAGACGAAGAUCAAUGUUGGCGUUAUCUAUUUUCUUCAUACUCGGCUGGGCUAUCAUCGGUUUUGCAAACGAUUUAAUAUCUUUGAUUCUUAUUGGAAGAUUUAUCACCGGGAUAUGCCAGGGUUGGCUCGGCCCGCUCGGACCAGUCUUCGUUGGAGAAAUCAGCUCGCCUAUAUAUAGAGGCUUCUUUUUAGCUUCCUUAUCGUUGAGUAUAGCUGUUGGUGUGUUCUUAUCACAUUUAUUUGGAACAAUUCUACACUGGAGCUACGCAUCACUUUUAUGUGGACUAUUUCCAUUGAUUGGUGGGAUCAUGGUCUUCAAUGUACCAGAGUCACCUGCCUGGCUGGCAUCAAGAAACAGAAUUGACGAUUGUAUUGCCUCUUUCAAAUGGUAUAGAGGAGCAAGUGCUGCUAUGAAGAAUGAACUGGAUAAAAUGUUGGCUGAGCAAACAAAGAAAGACAAGACUAGGGGCAAGAUUGAAAUGUUGAGAGAGAAUAUAAAGAAACCGGAAUUUUACAAACCGUUAGCCAUCAUGACGGUAUUUUUUGCGACCACGCAACUCUCAGGAGUAAAUGUGAUAUGUGCGUAUACGACAGACAUGAUGAAAGUGUUAAUUGGUAAUAGUUCAAGCCGGUCUCACGAAUAUGUUGCUAUGUUAAGUAUAGAUAUUUUAAGAUGUGUAUCAUUAGCAAUAGCCUGUGUUUUGUUAAGGAAAUCUGGUAGAAGACCGAUGGCGUUGUUCAGUGGCACGUGUACGUGUAUAUCUUUGAUCGGUUUAGCCUUGUAUUUGUAUUUAUUAGAAAACGGAACGAUACAUCACAAGUCAGCCAUCGUUUCAUUAGGAUUGAUGGCGUUUUAUAUAACAGUUUCUCAUUUGGGUAUAGCUCCACUUCCAUGGAAUAUGGUUGGUGAACUGUUUGCAGUGGAAACCAAAGGUUUGGGUUCUGGUGUAAGUGUGAUGAUGACAUCCAUAGCAUUCUUUGGAACAGUAAAAACGGCCCCCGCUAUGUUCGAGAGCAUAGGCCAUCAUGGCGCUUACUUAUUUUACGGUGUGUCCACAUUGUGUGGUACGAUAUUCUUAUACUUCUUCCUACCAGAGACGAAGAAUAAAACUCUAUUACAAAUAGAAGAAUAUUUCAGAUAUGGCAAGAAAAAGCCGAUGAAUAACAUUAAAGACGAUAAUCAUGUAUGAAAAGGGAUGUUAAUAAAAGCUUUAUAAAUGCCUGUAGAUAAAUAAACGCUUAAUUGUGAGUAGUAUUUGAAAACAUUUAGUAAAUUAUGUAAAUAACUAGUCUAAUUACGUGAAAUGUGUUUCAAAAUGACAUCGUUAAGUAGAUAAUGAAUUUAUUUAACCUAGUAAAAUAAGUGUAAUGUUACUAAUUGAUUAUUAUAAGGACAUGUUUAUCAUUAUCGUUAUCAGUUAUAAGCCAAUACUCCGCGGUUUUGUAUCAUUUUAAAAUAUAUACAUGAUUUUAACUAAGCUAAGAACGCUGUAGUGAUGUUUGUUCUAUUGAAAAAUAUUGCGGCAUCACAGUUUUUGCAAUAUCAUUGGGUAUCAUUAUCAAAGUCAGAAAUGUUAUGUUUUCUCAAUAUGUUACUAUGUAUUAUUUUUGGCAUAUCAUAGUAAUUAAAGUUUAUCAUAACAUUAUAAUAAUGACAUUUAAGAAGUAAUAAUGAUAUUUAGGAAAUGUGUACCUCUAAGUAGAAAACAUUAGUUCGUUGUAUUUUAGAGUACUUAAAUGGGAAAAUUCAUAUAAUCUUAGUGGUCAUCCAUUCGUCGAAAUUUUGUCGAAUUUUUUGUAUUUUUAACACAUAUACAAAAUUUAAUACUUGUGCAUUCCUUCUCAAUAUCAAUUUUAAUUAUAUCAAAUCUCACACUACUGUGCGGGCAAUGUGCUAAAAAGGGAUAUAAAGUUUUUAUUCAUGUAUUAAUUAUAAAGCAGUGCCAUAACGAGUAAGAAGUUACUGCAAAAAAUAGUAGUGAUGACCAGUUGAAUUAUUGUCAUGAUCUCCUAUUUUUACCUCAGUUUUUAUAUUGUGCACAUAUUUUGUCCACCUAAUUAAUGUUUCUGGUGUUUCAAAUUUAAAUAUAAAUAUUUUUAGAUAUAUUUCGAAGUCAAUAACCUUUCGAAUCGCGACUAUACAAGUAAAUUAUCAUAUGAUUCAUAUAAAACAUAUUGUAACAAAGGAAAUUGCAGUCACCAAGAUUAUAAAUUAAAAUGAUUCUCGAAUUAAAAUGUGUUUUCUUUAAAAUAAAA